AUGAAGUAUAUCGUGGUCAAUGGAGGUGUCAUUAGCGGAGUGGGCAAGGGCAUUAUUGCCUCGUCCACUGGCCUGCUUUUGAAGUCUGUCGGCCUCAAGGUCACAGCCAUCAAGAUUGAUCCUUAUCUCAAUGUUGAUGCGGGCACCAUGAACCCAUUGGAGCAUGGAGAAUGCUUCGUCCUGUCCGACGGCGGCGAGGUCGAUCUCGACAUGGGCAACUACGAGAGGUAUCUCAACGUGACCUUCACUCGCGGCCACAACAUCACAACCGGUCAGAUCUACAAGGAGGUCAUCGACAAGGAGCGCAGAGGCGACUUCCUUGGCAAGACCGUCCAAAUAGUACCACACAUUACCGAUGCCAUCCAGGAGCGGAUCGAGCGCGUCGCGCGCAUUCCGGUCGAUAACUCGGGCCAGGAGCCGGACGUCUGCAUCAUCGAGCUCGGAGGUACCGUCGGUGACAUCGAGUCCAUGCCCUUCGUCGAGGCACUCACCCAGCUGCGCCACAAGUACGGCCGCAGCGGCUUCUUCAGCAUUCACGUAUCAUUUGUCCCCGCCAUUCACGGAGAGCAAAAGACUAAGCCCACACAGCACUCGGUUAAGACGGUCCGAAGUGCAGGCCUGAUCCCUGACUUGCUGUGUUCCCGCUGUAACAAAGGGUUGGAACAGAGCACGGUGAACAAGAUCGCCCAGAUGUGCCAGCUCGAGCCUGAGCAGGUUCUUGUAGUUUAUGACAUGCCCUCCAUCUACCAAGUGCCCAUGCUGCUCGACCAGCAAGGUUUGGUCACUCAGCUGAAGGCGUCGCUCGGCCUUGACAGCAUCCCACGGGACCCAGCUCGCUUGCAGCAUGGAUCGGAGAUGUGGAACGUGUGGAAGGACACAGUCGGCGCCAUGGACAGCGAGGGCAAGGUCACCAUUGCCUUGGUAGGCAAGUACACAGAGCUGCACGACUCGUAUCUUUCCGUCAUCAAGGCACUGGAGCACUCGUCCAUGAAGUGCAGGCGCAAGCUUGACUUGCAAUGGGUCGACUCGGAGCAUCUUGAGCCUAAAACUGACAAGGAACAAUUUGACGCCGCUUGGGAGAAGGUCAAGUCGGCUGAUGGAAUUCUUGUUCCCGGUGGCUUCGGAAACCGAGGCACUGAGGGUAUGAUUGCGGCAGCCAAGUGGGCUCGUGAGCAGAGCAAGCCUUACCUCGGAGUCUGCCUUGGCAUGCAGCUUGCUGUUGUGGAGAUUGCCCGCAACAUCUGCAAGCUUGAGGGCGCGACGUCAGAGGAGUUUAAUGGCCUGGCGGAGCACAAGGUGAUCAUUUUCAUGCCAGAGAUUGACAAGACCACAAUGGGAGGUACUAUGCGUCUUGGUCUGCACGACACCCAUUUUCAGCCUGGCAGCGAGGGCAGCAAGAUCCGCGCCCUUUAUGGCAAUGGUCCCGUUGCCAGGGAACGCCACAGGCACCGUUAUGAGGUCAACCCGCAGUACAUUGACCAGCUUCAGAAGGAGGCUGGCCUCCAGUUCCUGGGCAAGGACGACAAGGGUGAGAGAAUGGAGAUCAUAGAGCUGAAGGGUCACCCUUACUUUGUUGGCGUUCAGUACCACCCCGAGUAUCUCAGCAGGGUGUUGGACCCGAGUAAGCCGUUCCUCGGUCUCGUUGCCGCCGCUUCGGGAUGCUUAGAAAAGGUCACGACCGACGUGCUGGCGGAGCACAAGAAUGGUGUCAAUGGCGUCAACGGCAACGGAAGGCACUUUUAA